AUGAAAAAUUAUGCAAUUCAAAGCAAUACUAACAGAUUUACAGCAGAUCUUAGAAACCCUGUUCACGACCAGUCUUUUGAUACUACUCCUAACGAUGGUGACAGUGAGAACAUAAAUAAGUAAAGAGAUCCAAGUCAAGAAUCAGGAUAAGGAAUUUCAAAUCAAGCCAUUGCUAACUUAAACAUUCCCUCAUCACUGAAUAAUUUAUAAAGCGACAAUCAAAUUAUUAGCUCAGAUGUUAGCAACACAAAAAGUUUAGAAAUAGACUCUUUAGUAAAUUCUAAACAUCACUAGAUCAAUGACUAAAAAUCAUUCAAGCAACAUUUAGUUGUUUUAGCAAAUAAUUAAGACUAGCAAAGCAAUGCUUCAAAAAGUAAGAUGAAUCUAAAUAGAUUAUCAGAGAUUCACAAGAAUAUUAUCGUGAAGCGCUAAUCAACAUUUGCCCCUGAUUUAUUACAUAAUAGUAAUAAUGGCAAUCCCAACUCUUAAUUAGGUGAGCAAAUGAAAAAGAAACGAAAUUCUUUUGGCCUGAUGAAUUCUAAUCCUUAAUAAUAGAGCUAAAGACUUAGCAUCCUGAAGAAUCCUAAUGCAAAUCAAAUUUUAAGCAUUAAACCUAUGCUUGAUGAAAGCAUGCAAGAUUAUCAAAAUUAAAAUGAAAAUUAUGGAAACUAAACUUUUGAAUAAGCUGAUAAAAGGCAAACAUUUUUUUAGAUUCCUGAUUAAAAUUAGAUUUCUGUUAUUAACGAGGAACCAACAGUCUUUGAAUAAGAUCUUGACAUAACCUUUGUUUCUAAUAUUUCUUAGAAAGGGGGAGGAGUUCAUACUAGAUCAAGUGCGGGUAGAUUUGCAAAGUCAAGUAAGAGCAAAUCCUCACCACUGCUUAAAGUCAAAAUAGCACAUUUGGGACUAAGCAAAGAAUAAUAUUAGCAGUCUAUAAAUCUAAUAAAUAUCUACUCAUAGAAAGAUUAUAAAUAAAAUACCAUGGCCUAAAUUCAAAGUGUAUAAUUACUCCUUUAGGAUAAAAAAUAGCCAGCUGAUAUAAAAGCCAUUGAAAAUUUCGCUCAGUUAAUUAGUUCUAUAGACUAAAUUGAUGAAUAGUUAAUGGUAAAAAACUAGACAUAAAAAAACAAUGAUGACUAGUAUAAUUAAGCAUUCAGUGAGCUAUAAAAUGACAAUACUUACAUUGAGAAGAGGUAGAGAUUCAUAAAGAAGAUAUUUAAGAAUGUCAAAUAAGCUAAUGAUCCAAAGUAUGAAGAGUUAAUGGAUCUUUCUUUUAUAACAAAUGGCGUUGCUGAUUAAAAAAUGCUAGAAUUAAUGAGUUGGUCACAUCUUAAUCAGAAAAAUACGGAGUAAAUUCACAAUCUAAUAAUGUUCAAUCAAGAAAUAGAUGAACAGAUCAAGAAAUAUGAGAGAAUUGUAAGUAUGAAUGAAAAAAAAGAAAACAUUUUUGUAGACAAUCAAUAAAUUCAUUACCAUGAUAGCCAGGAAAAUCUCGACAACUAAAUAUAGUAGUUUUAUGAGCUUAAUCAAUUAGUCAAUAAAUAGCUUAACUACUUAAAGCUGAUUAGUCCAUUUAAAAUUACAUCGCUAGGUAACCAUUCCUUUGAGCUAAGAUUCGAAAUCCAAGCAAACUUAUCAUAAAAUAGCUCAAUUAGCAAUAAUGGUACUGGUCAAAGAUCAUUCGUUAUCUAAAUAGUGUACAUGAAUGUGAAUUACUUACAAAAAAUAAAAAUAAUUCAAGAUCCUACUGGUGGCAUAAUUCAGAAAAAUCUUGAACAGAUGUUUAAAAAGGUUGAUUAUAGAGUAGAUUAAUUCAUAGAUUAGAUUUUAAACUUGAUUCGAUAAUUCGAAAAGCAAAUUCUACAAAAUCAUUCAGUAAAGUGA